GCUGCUCCCGCAAGGCCGCAACUGCAUCCCCGCGGGCCGCGUGAUAGAGAGAGGGGGGCAGAGAGGAGAGCGGCGAGAAAUCGAUCUCAUCGAGGGGAAAGAAACGCACAAAGCGUUCAAACCUCAAAACCCUAAUCCUCCAAGCCCCCACCCACUUGCCAUGGCCCCGAAGCGCCCGGCCGCCGCGUCGGGCUCGGCCUCCGAGGCGUCCGACUGCGAGGCAGGCGGGGCGGGCCGCCGCCGCUCGCCGUCGAGGUCGCGCUCCCCCUCCCGGAGCGCCUCCCCGUCCCGCUCCCGAUCCAAGACCCCUCCCCACAACGCCGCCGUGCUCUCCUCCACCCCGGCCUCCGCCGCCGUCGACUUCGUGGCCGCGUCCGACUCCGACGCCGGCGCCGACGCCGACGCCCGCCUCGCCUCCCCGAGGCGCAGCCGCGAGCGCUCCCCUCGCCUCCACUCCGACUCCGACAACUCCGCCGCCGCCACCGCCGAGGCCGCUGAGGCCGCGGCGGCCGCGGCGUUCGACGACGGCGACGACGAGGGCAACGCCACGCCGCCCCCUCGCUCCCGCCGCUCCUCCCGCGUCGAGGCCACCGGCGUCAAGCCCAUCAGCUCGCGACCCAUGGACGCGUCCCGCCGCCCGGCUGCGGCAUCCUCCCAGUCCCAGAGGCGCUCCAAGCGCCCCCGCAGCUCCCCCACCCAGCACUCGCCGGAGCAGCACAAGCGUCCGCCCAGGGUUUGGAACCCCCAAGAUGAGGUCACCAUACUGCGUGCCCUCAUCUCCUACCGCGCCAAGAACGGCGCGCUCCCGGGGUCCUCUCAGGACACAGGCAAGCUACACAAUAUGAUUCGCGGGCAGCUUAGUGUUAAGGCAUCCACUACCCAGCUCAGUGAUAAGGUCCGGCGGCUCAAACACAAGUACAAUUUGAUCUUGACCCGUGUUACCAAGAGCGGGCGGGAUCCGGACUUGCCAACUGAGCAUGACCGUGAGGUUUACGAACUUAGCAAGAAAGUUUGGGGUACAAAGAGUGGUGGUGCUGGCGCUGGUAGUGGAGGUGGAGGUGGAGGUGGUGGUGGUCGUGUGUAUGAGAAUGCUGAGGUGGUACAGAGUGAUGAGGAGCAAGGGAGCAGAGAUGAUAGUGAUGAGGACAUGGAGAGUGGGUGGGACGACCGUGAUCACAGGAACAGGAGGCUGAAGGCCAUUGUUGUAGCAAAUGGGAAUGGGAAUGCUGUGACUGGGGGUAGGAGUGUCCAUGGCAAUGGCAGUGGGAAGGGUGAUGUUGCUGACAAGGGGAAGGACAUGUAUCCUUACCUUUGGGAGGCUGUCGAGGAGCUGUCCAAGGAGCACCCAAGUGGGACUGCGUUCAGGAAGGCCUUUGGUGUGCUUGAUGGUUCAAGGGCACGGGCAAUGGAGGAGAAGCUGAACAGGUUUAGGCUCUCAGAGAUAAGGCAGCAGCUGCGUCGGAUGGACCUGAUGAAGGAGACGAUCAAGAUGGUGCUUGAUGCGCUGGAGGGCUCUGAUCUUUGAGUAGGUUGCAAUUGACAUACUUUUGGGUUUUGGAGGGCAUUGUCUGGUGAGAAUGCCGCUUAAAAAGGUGAUCACUGUUGCUGGUGCCUGGAGUAGUCUCAUUCUGAUGUUAUGGAUAUAGAUCUUUGGUUAUGUUAACUUUUGUGGACAAGGACAUACUUGCCUCAAUCAAAAUUAGGCAUGUCGAAGCUUAUGCGUUAUGUUGCUUAGGUGCUAGCUUAUGAGCUAUCUAUUAUAUCUUUACUAUGAAUGCUUACAUUUUGGUGUAGAUGCUUAUCUCAUUUUUCUUUUAAGUUACAUUGUUAAGUGGGGAAGUUUGCAUUUAAACUAAUGCAGAAUAUGUCUUAAUGCUUGCUUA